GGUAUUAUCGUAGUUCAAGCAACCCCUGCCGCGUGAUACGCGAAAUGACGGUUGUAAUACAAAUUCCUCAUCUCCGUGAAACAGAACUAAUUCAUCAUCGUUUUUUUAUUAAAAAAAAAACCUAACUUUACUCCUUGGAAAGCCUCUCAACUCUCUCUUUCCCUUUUUUCUCCGGAAAAAAAAAAACUUGUCUUUUCAAAAUCAAUUGUGUGCAGAAAACGAAAACUAGUAGAAAAGAAUGGGAGAAUGUAGGCCUCUGGGUUUCUUAUUGGGAUUACCAUUUGCUCUUGUCGCCCUCGUCUUAUCUCUCGUUGGUGCUGUCAUUUGGAUUAUUGGGACGAUAUUGAGUUGUUUGUGCCCAUGUUGCUUCUGUUUCGCUGCGCUGGCUAACUUCGCUGUGGAUCUCAUCAAACUCCCUGUCAACGUCCUCCGUUGGUUUACCCGCUCCAUUCCUUGUUAACACUUCUUUGCUUAAUUCUUCUUUUUUAAUUUACUAAUUAUUCUUCGUUUUUUUUCCUUCCUACUUAUGUAAUUUUUUCUUUUCUAAUAAAUAAUUGAAAUUUUAGACUA